UUAAGGUGGCGCUGGAGCCUAUGUGAACCAUUUUAUUUCGGAUGUUGUUCAUCGUCCAAAUAACUUUUUAUCACAGACCAAAGUGCUACCCAUUCACCGCUGUCAACGUGGAUACUUCUGCUGCAAAGUGUCAACAUGUGCUGCAAACAUAAUACGUAUAAAUCUUUGAACUCUAAUGCUUGGUGCCACUACCUUAAGUGCUAACUUAAACCUAGUUUCGCGUGUUUACUUUCCGUACACUGAAGCCGCAUCUCGUGUAAAACAAUGUCUCAGCACCACGGCGCUGGAAAGCUCAUAAUCUGCACUGCCGGUAUAUUUGUUUGCUAUUUUUACUUUGCCAUUCUUCAGGAAAAAUUGACUCGGGGUCAAUAUGUCGACGGAGACAAUACGGAGAAAUUCACGUAUAUGUUCGCAUUGGUUUUCGCGCAGUGUGCCGUUAAUUGUAUAUUUGCCAAGUUGUUGCUUGUGACUGUGAUGAAACAGGAAGAGGAUACAACAAAGAAUCUGUAUUAUGCUACAUCUGCGCUUACAUACCUGUUGGCCAUGGUUUCUAGCAAUAUGGCCUUGCAAUUCGUUAAUUAUCCAACACAGGUGGUGGCCAAGGCUGCAAAACCCAUUCCCAUUAUGAUUAUGGGAUCCCUUAUCGGUGGAAAAGUUUAUUCGUUUAAAAAAUAUUGCUUUGUAACGCUCAUCGUUACAGGAGUAGUUAUCUUUAUGUACAAGGAUAACGUUCCUUUAAAAACUAUCGAAGGAGAGGGCUUUGGUAAAAUUUUGCUGGUGCUCUCCUUGAUGAUGGACAGUCUGACUAGUACGAUACAAGAAAAAAUGCGAGGAGAGCAUAAGACUAAAUCCGGUCACAUGAUGUUCAAUAUGAAUAUGUGGUCUGUUUUCUUCAGUGGAGUUGUCGUUUUAUUUUCCGGCGAAUUGUUCAACUUUCUCAAGUUCUUACAACGACAUCCAGCAGCGUUACAUCAUAUUAUAACCCUAUCAAUAUGCGGAGCAUUAGGACAAUACUUUAUAUUUUUGACUGUUUCUGAAUUUGGACCGCUGACUUGUUCAGUGGCCACGACCACUAGAAAAUGUUUCACCGUAAUAGCGUCGGUGAUAUUCUUCGGUAAUUCAUUAUUACCUCGUCAAUGGCUCGCUACAUUUUUUGUAUUUUUAGGAUUAUUUUUAGACAGCUUUUAUGGUAAAACAAAAUUGUAAAGCGAAGCAUGACUAAGUAAACCUUGUGCAAUUUUUUUAAACUAUAUUUUUUACAUAUAUAAUCGUAAGAAGGACUCCAGUAUCAAGCUGUCAGCAAAUCUCCUUUACAUUACAACUUGUAUUCUCUUGAUCGCAGUUAAUGUAUACUCCAUUAAAUGACAGACAUUUUAAGUACCAUAGAUUAUAAGUUCAUUAUGGAAAAUGUAGAACACUGCGUUGAAUAAUUACUUUUUGUAAUCUCUACAUAGCUUCAAACGUAAUUUCAAGUUUAAUAA